GCUUUACCCCUGAAGACGUGGACACAGCAUUCAAGGGUUAGGAGGAACUGGUCACACAAAGGUAAAACUUCCCUCUUUCCUCAAGAAGGGUCAGAGCCUACCACCUUCGGAGCCCAGAGCAGGACGGCCAGAGUAACCUAACUAACUCGAGUCCCAGGUAGAAACUACACCAGGUGAGUGCCCACGCCUGCUGUCACCAUGACGACCAUUCACCACCAGCAGAUGCUGCAGGAGCACGUGUCCAUGGAGUUCUCCAGCUCCACCACCCACAUGCAGACCUUCUCCCAGACAACCAAGAUCGUAGGAGAGGAAGUCGUGACAAGGAAGUCCUCCAGCACUGUAGAGUUCUUCAACUUGGUCACUCGGAGUUCUAACAUCCCUCCGGGGGAGAGCGUCCCAGAGUUCGUGGAGAAACCUCACCCCGUCACCGCGCCCGAGGGGGAUAAAGCCGUGUUCCGAGCCCAGGUGCAGGGGAACCCCAAACCCAACAUCUCCUGGAAGAGAGAGAGCGGCAUCCCCAUCAAGGAGUCGGCCAAGAUGUUCUACGACAGCAUUAACAAGGAGCAUGUGCUGAAGCUGGAGCCACUGACCUCCGAUGACUCUGACAACUACAAGUGCAUCGCAAGCAAUGACCAUGCAGAUGCCAUCUACACUGUGUCCUUGCUGGUGACAGAAGGUCAAGAGAUAAUGGAUUUCAAGAAGAUGUUGAAGAAGAGGGCACCUCCUGCUCCCAAGAAGAAGCAGAAGAAGGGAAUAGGUGAGAAAGAGAUGUUGGAGAUUUUGUCCAAGGUGCCGAAGAAGGACUUUGAGAAGGUUUGCAUGGAGUAUGGCUUCACUGACUUCCGGGGGCUGCUCAAGAAGCUCAAAGAGAUGAAGAAAGUGGAGGUGGAGACCAUCCGGAUUCUGAAGCCCCUGGAAGACAUAGAAACCAAGAUCGACACCACUGUGGUCUUUGACUGCAUCAUGGAGCUGAAGGACCCCAAUGUCAAGAUGACAUGGAUGAAGGGAAAUGAACCACUGAGGAUCCAGUACUCCCUAGGCAAAUAUGAUGUGAAGCAGAUGGGCACCAAGUACAUGCUGGUUAUUACAAACGUGAACAUGAACGACGCAGGCACCUACAGCCUGUCCGUGGGUGACAAGCGGAUGAGAGCAGAGCUCACAGUUCUGGAUGAGCCCCUGAAGUUCUUGGGAGAGAUGAAGCCAAUGAAGGUGACAGAGCGGCAGACAGCUGUAUUUGAGAUCCGUCUCUCCAAAAAAGUACCUAACUUUGUUUGGAAGUUCAAUGGGAAGGAGCUGAAGAGGGAUGACAAGUAUGAAAUCACAGUGUCUGAGGAUGGUCUGACCCACACGCUUAAGAUUAAGGAUGCCAGACUCUGUGAUGCCGGCGAGUUCUCUGCUGAGGCGGGGGACCUGGUACAGAAGGCCCAGCUCAAUAUUGACCGUAUCCCCAUCAAGUUUGUGAGAACUCUAAAGAAUGUACGAGUGAAAGAGAGGGGCCGAGCGUGCCUCGAGUGUGAGCUGACGUCCAAGGACGUGACGCUGCACUGGAAGAAGGAUGGGCAGCUGCUGGAACGCAGCACCAAGUUCAGCAUGAGCCAUGAGGGCAAGCGAGCGGAGUUGGUCAUUGAAGAUGCACAGCUCAGUGACAGUGGCGAGUACACCGUGGUGGCCAUGCAGGAUGGAGACCCCACGGAAUACUACAGUACUGCCAUGGUCACUGUGGAGGAGCGUCUGGCCACGGUGAAGAGCGGGCUGUCCGACGUGCACGCGGCCACUGGGAGCCAGGCUGAGCUGUGCGUUGUGCUCAAUGACGAGAAGGUGGAGGGCGUGUGGCUGAAGGACGGCAAGGAGAUCACGGACUUGCCCGGCGUGCAGAUCGUGAAGCAGGGUGCAGUGCACAAGCUCAUCUUCCCCAACAUGGGCCCGGAGCACGAGGGCAAGUACACAUUCCGGGCCAAGGGCGCAGAGAGUGAAGCCUCGGUGUUCAUUGCAGAUCCACCUACCAUCGACCCUUCGGUGCUGGAGGCACUAGCGGCGCACCCCGUGACUGUGAAGGUGGGUCACACGGCGAACAUCAAGGUGCCCUUCCGGGCGAAGCCACUGCCCAAAGUGACGUGGUACAAGGAUGGUGUGGAGGUGACGGAGGAGGAGCGUGUGUCCAUGGAGCGCGGGGAAGACCAGGCGUUGCUCACCAUUUCAAAGUGUGUGCGUGAGGACAGUGGCCUCAUUCUGCUCAAGCUCAAGAAUGACCACGGCACAGCCACAGCCACUCUGCACCUCAGCGUGCUGGACCGUCCCAAGCCUCCCCAGGGCCGGGUGGAGUUCCUGGAACUCUCGGGGAACUGUGUGCACAUGAAGUGGAAGGCCCCAAAGGACAACGGCGGGCGGCCUGUGACACAGUUCAUAGUGGAACGGAGGAUGGUUGGCAAGAAGUCCUGGAUUAAGAUAGGCGAGGUGGACAGCAAAGUCACGAACUUCUCCACCAACAAAGUAGAAGAGGGGAAAGCCUACCAGUUUCGUAUCCUGGCGGUUAAUUCAGAAGGAGUGAGCGACCCCCUGGAAACAGAUGAAGUGUUUGCAGGAAAUCCCAUUGAGCCCCCGGGUCUUGCCUCCCAGCCUCAAGUGACUGAUGUGACCAAAGACACCAUGACCAUCACAUGGAAUGCCCCUACCCAGGAUGGGGGAGCCCCAGUGCUUGGCUACAUUGUGGAACGGAGGAAGAAAGGCAGUAACCUAUGGGUGCCAGUCAACAAGGACCCCAUCCAAGACACGAAGUGCACUGUGGAUGGUCUCCUGGAGGACACAGAAUAUGAAUUCCGAGUUAUAGCUGUGAAUAAGGCAGGCCCCGGACAGCCCAGUAUGGCAUCCAACUCAGUGGUAGCCAAGGACCCUGUCAAACCCCCAGGCCUGGUGCAGGGUCUGCACGUGUCCGAUUCCUCCAACUCCAGCAUCUCCCUGGCCUGGCGGGAGCCUGCAGAGGGAGACCCACCUUCCGGUUACAUCCUCGAGAUGCGGGCGGAGGACACGAAGGAGUGGUCCAAGUGCACAAAGAUCCCCAUCUCAGGCACCUGCUACACAGUGGGCGGCCUCACCGAGAGGCAGAAAUAUUUCUUCCGAAUCCGGGCUGUGAACGAGGCUGGGGUUGGGGAGCCCGUGGAGCUGGAUGAGGGGGUCCGUGCCAUGCCACCCCCAGCUGCCCCCAAGUUUGACCUCAGUGCCCGGCUGAAGAGUCACAUGGUGGUUCGUGCUGGGACAGCCCUCUGCAUCCAUGCUGCCUUCUCUGGCUCACCACCACCCAGCGUGAUCUGGCAGAAAGACGGCAUCCCCACCAAGGGCCGGGAAACCAUCACCAAGGGCAAAAACCACUCCCAGUUCCUUAUCAACAGCACCAAGCGCUCCGACUCAGGCGUGUACCGCAUCUUGCUCCAGAAUGAGUUUGGAGAGGCAUACUAUGAUGUCCACGUCCGUGUGGCAGAUUUUCCGCGGCCACCCACAAAUCUACAGCUGUUUGAGGAGGUCCCCAACACAGUGACUCUGACCUGGAACCAUAGCCCUGACGUGCAGGAGGACAGUGAGGCCCACUAUGUCAUCCUGAAGCGGGAUGCCAGUACUGCCACCUGGUUCACGGCAGCCGACCACGUCUUCAGCAACAAGUACACGGUGACAGGGUUACUCCCCGGCAGGAAGUACUACUUCCGAGUGCUGGCCCGGAACGAGAUCGGUGACAGUGACCCGCUCGACUCCAAGGACACCUGGCUCGUCAACAAGGACAAGAUCGAGGACCUGAGUGCCAAGCUGAAGCCAUACGAGCAGAAGGACUGGCGACACGCGCCGCGCUUCCUGAUCCCGCUCAAGCCGCACACGGUGCUGCGCGGCCAGGACUGCACCAUGACCUGCGCCUUCCUUGGGAACCCACGCCCCACGGUGACCCUCUACAAGGGCGACGUCAACAUCACGGCCAACUCCAAGUUCUGGUACAACUCCACCAGCGGGGUCUGCACGAUCGUCAUCCCCACCUGCACGCUCAAGGACAGCGGCGAGUACAGCGUGCUGGUGGAGAACGAGCUGGGCAAGGACCGCAGCAGCUGCGCGCUCACGGUCUACGACAAAGAUGACAAGUCCAUCCUAGCAUCUGUCACUGAAAGUAUGCAGAAGAAGUCAAAGUACCUUAUGUGAGCUCCAGUCUAGCCCAGGCAUCAGGAGGAUGUUGGGAUGUGUGGUUUGGGGGCCCAUCCUGUGUGUGGCUCCAGGGAGGGCAGCCCUGUUGGCUCUCUGGUGUUUGUCGAUGUUAAAAGUCAGCAAAGGCAUGGGACAAUAAAUUGACUAAG